CUUGAUAUCGUUGUACGAUAUAUCGGUCAGUGUGACAUGGCUGCGUCCAUGUUAGGAUUUGGUGUGUUAUUGUCGCCAAAAAUAUUUUGUUAGGUUUUUUUAGUAAUUGUGAAAAAUAAAAGCAGCGACGCGAUGAAUUUCGUCAGUAGAUAUUGUUUGAAAAUAUUCAAGAAUGAAGUUACUAAUCAGGGACAUGUUUGUGGUCUUGGUAGAACUUUAUCUUACAAAAGUGCUUAUGCACUCGAAAAUUUGUAUCCAAAAAGUAGUUUAAAAAUUACUACACCGAAUUUCGUUCCUGAAGAUCCUCAAGCCAAGUUUGACGGUUUUGUUCCAUUGGAAAAACUGGACAUUACAUAUAGCCGUAGCAGUGGACCUGGAGGUCAAAAUGUUAAUACGGUUAAUACCAAAGUUGAUCUUAGACUUCACGUAGCAAAUGCCACAUGGUUACAUGAAGACAUCAGGUCUAAAUUAAUCGAACAAAAUAAGACAAAAAUUUCCAAAGAAGGAUAUUUAAUAAUCAAAUCAGACCUAACCAGGUCUCAACAACUUAACUUAGCCGAUGCUUUGGAAAAACUACGAACUUUAAUAAGAAAGACUUUGGAACAAAAACCUGAGAUUUCUGAUAAGACACGCGAGAUUUUAAGAAAACGACAAAUAAAAGUAGCGAGAGAAAGAGUAUUUGUCAAAAGAAUGCGAUCAGACAUCAAAGAACAAAGACGAGGCAGUGAUAUUGAUAUAUAGAUUCUAAUAUACAUUUAUGUAGUAGAUACUAAAUACUUCAAAUAAACUAUUCAGUGUUUUCAAAUACUA